AUGACACUUUUGACAGAUCUAAGUCUGGCUGCUGGUAGCGCCAUACUAGUAACUUCCAUUCCAGCAACAAUCCUCAUCACAACCAAGAAGCACUCUAUCUUUCGCUACCUUGCACUCCUAUGUGUAAUUUGGAUUGCCUACCAAAAUGUACGCAAGAUGAAUACAUUUUGCCAAAUUUCAAUGUUCAUGGGGGGUGUAGUCUUCUUCCCUCCCCUUCAAUGCCUCGAUAUGCUACUGAUCAAUGCUCUUGAUGCGAAUGACAUAUCCCGUGAGGCCCCUGAGCGUACAAAUACUCUCGCAGGUCGCUUUUUAUAUGCCUCAGAACUAUUUACAUGUCCUCGUGGCGUGGGAACACCUCGACAAGCAAAGGGUACUCCUUCUCCCGCAUCAUAUUAUUGCGAUAGCAAAACUAGCGCGUUUACGGCAUCCCGAAGUACUUUUCUGUUGCGACAAUCUUUGAUUUUAGCAUGGCAGUACGCGAUAUUGGAUUUGCUUCAGUUUGCGAGUCAUCAGCAAGAAGGAUCAGAAUCAACUCCUGAGGGAGUCUUCACAUAUCCAGAAUGGAACGUGUCUCUCGAGAAGUGGAUAGAACGCAUCAUCACGCACACUUUUGCAUGGUUCGUCAUUGGCCGUAUCAUGUUUGAUUCUCGAUGUCGCCUUGCCUCGAUUCUUUCUGUUGGAUUAGGAUUCCAUUGCCCUACUGAAUGGCCACCAGUCUUUGGGACAAUGAAAGAUGCGUAUACAUUACGAAAACUUUGGGGAACAUUUUGGCAUCAAAUGCUACGUCCUACGCUCACUGCCGUGAGCAAAUGGAUAACUUGUGAUGUUUUACAUCUUCCAAAGCCCUCACUUCUGGAAAGAUACACCAAUGUGUUCUUCGUUUUCUUGCAAUCUGCUUUAUUGCAUACAAUGCUCGACAGUGUAGCGGGAGUUCCUUUAGAGUUUUCUGGUGCCGUGCCGUUUUUCACUAUCACUACUUUGGGAUUCAUGAUUGAGGAUGGAGUUCAAGAGGUUUAUAAACGCAUAACAGGGUCGAAUACACAGACUGUUUCAAUUUGGAAGCGGCUUGUCGGUUAUACCUGGGUUAUCGUUUGGGUGGGCGUGACAGCAACAUGGCUUGUUCAUCCAAAUAUGCAAAACACUCCUCCAAGCAAAACCAGCUUCAUUCCUUAUAGUUUUUCGGACCACGUGGGAGCCCAAUCGGUGUCUGGAUUUGCUGUCAUCAGUGGUCUUGUUUUGGUAUUCGGGCUUGGAGGGGAGAUUUAG